UUGGAUCUUCCAAAAGGGAUCAACAAGAGAGAAGACAGAGCGACAACAUCGAAAAUGAUCCCUUCGAACAUGGAAGUGGAUGGAAGUAAAAGUUCAAUGGAGAUAAUAUUCUCGGAGGAACACGAUCGAUGGACCGAUGCAGUAAACAAUGUCAAGAAUCUAGUUAUUGGAAACAACAAACAGAAAUCAAAUGUCAUCGGCCAUGGAGUUAUACCAAGGCUCCUGCAAUGGAUGAUCAAUGAAGCAUCUCCAAUUGAGCUCCGUACAGAGUGUGCAGUAGUGCUGGGGAGUUUAGCAAAGGGCACUGAUGAGAACAUUUCAGCUUUGGUGGAGGCUGGGUGUGUCUCUGUUUUGCUGAAAGGUUUGUCCAACCAGAAUCUAAAGUAUGUAGAGGCUUGUCUUCGAUGCUUGAGAACAAUUUUUGUGUGCAAUAAAGCUGCCAUAGAGCUAGUCUACCAGGAUGCCACCAUAAUUCCCCACCUGAUCAACAUCAUCUCCAAGUCUGUCUGUACACAGGAGUGCAUCACCACCAUCUUUGCUAACUGCUGCAAGAGUACAGUUCAUCAGGAGAUGCUGUGUAAAAACGGAGCAAUAGCAGCUUUGGCCCCUCUCCUCGGCUCAGACAUAUACAAGGUCCAGAUGCCAACUCUGAAAUGUUUUGCUGUUCUGUGUCACCAGAACGAUGCUGUGUCACAGGCUGUUGCUUCAGCCACCUACAAUGGGGACCCAAUCCCCAGACUUCUCAUCAACCUGCUGGCCAGAGACAAAACAUCGGAGAUGCAGAUGGCGGCUGCCAAGUGUAUGACGUACUUGUAUCGGGGCAGCGUUAUUGAGGCCAGCAACCCUAUCAUCACACUGAAGACACUUCCAACUUUGGUCCGUAUGUGCAAGAAAGAUCGUACUUUAGAGGAGAAUGUGGAAGGAGCAGAGAACUUGGCGUACCUGAUUGAGGUAGACCCGGAGCUCCAGCGGCUGGCAUCAAUCUCUGAUCAUGUCAUUAAAACACUAGCCGACUACCUCAAGUAUGGUGAUGUGCAGCAGAUCGGCUCUCGCACCCAGAGGAAGGACAUUGACUGGGGAAAUGAAAUGAGGCAGGCUGCUUUCAAAGCCUUUGCCUCUCUCGGUGCCAAUGAUGAGGACAUCCGCAAGAAGGUGAUUGCCACUGAGAAUCUGAUGGACCACAUUGUAGUCGCCAUCAACAGCACUAACAUGAAGGUUCAGAUUGCUGCCACCAGAUGUCUCCACAGUCUGUCACGCUCGGUACAACAGCUCCGCACGACAUUCCAGGACCAUGCAGUGUGGAAGCCCUUACUCAAGAUGAUGCAGAGUGGCAAUGAGGAAGCUGUGGCCAUCGCCUCAUCGACGCUGUGCAACCUGCUGCUGGAGUUCUCCCCGAGCAAGGAGCCUAUUCUUGAGUGUGGAGCUAUCAACAUCCUAGCCAGUCUUGCUAGUCGUAAUGAAGCCCCACUGAGACUGAAUGGGGUGUGGGGGUUGAUGAACAUGGCCUUUCAAGCAGACCAGAAAGUGAAGACUCAGAUUGUUGAGACACUGGGGUCAGAUCAGCUGUUUUGUCUUCUGUCAGACCAGAAUCCCAACAUUUUAAUGAAAACUUUGGGUCUUUUGAGGAAUCUCCUGUCAAACAAACCAGUAGGUUUGAAAUUUCCGAAGUGCCAAACAUUGACCAAAUUUCAGCACAUCGACAGUAUCAUGAACGUGUAUGGAAAACAGGUGAUGCAGGCCGUUGUCUUUAUUCUGGAGGGAGACCACUCUGUGGAUGUCAAGGAGCAGACUCUUUGUAUCCUGGCAAACAUCGCAGAUGGAGAUAGUGCCAAGGAUGUCAUCAUGGCUAAUGAAGAUGUUUUGAAGAAGCUCAUGUCUUACAUGGUCCACAGCAAUGUCAAGCUACAAAUUGCUGCUACAUUCUGCAUUUCCAACCUGGUCUGCAAUGAGGAGGAGGGUGCAUACAAUCGACAGACCAGACUCCGGGACAUGGGUGUUCAGAAGCUCCUGCAGCAGCUGCUGGGUACACAAGACUCCACGCUAUUUGACAAAGUGAAGACAGCAUUGCAGCAGUUCUCCUAGACUGACACAUCAAACAAGAUCUGUAGAAAUCAUGUUGUAGUCGUGUGUUCGUCACCAUUACUCUGUGUGAAUGUAUGCAUGUAUAAAUAAACUAUUUAAGUCAUGUA